AUGCUUCACGCCGUCUGGCCCAUGCAAGAUUUUACGGCAAACACUAUCGUACUUGCUUUGGCCGCCUUCUGUUUCGUAGUCUCUCUGUGCUGUUGCUUAGUGAUGGGUUUUUCCCCGAUUGGUGCAUUUAGUCCGAGGGGUGUGCUACAGUCUCUUGUUUCCCCUUUGACGGCGGUGGUAACAGCCAUUACAACUUUUGUCAGUUUUCAGGUCGGGAUUGCUGCCUUUGUGAAGCUUUUAUAG